CACAACUCUAAUACGGACCCCCAGUAGACGUUAUUUACCUUUCAUGUAUAUUGUUACUGCAUAGCUGAUCUGGUUUGGAAAACGGUAGAAUUAUACCUUGUAGUGCUUUUGAGUAUCGGCGGAUGGUGCGAGUGCAUCCGUCUUCCACAAUCUCGCUCGCAAACAAUCUAUGGCUGUCUGAAGGCACGCAUGGACCUAAAGUUAAUUUCUGAUAGAAACGUAAAUUUGUAAGCACACAUACCUUUCAAAUGGGAGAGUGCCUUGUAUUUGGCGACUCACUCGCACUACUGCAGAAAUGCGUAGAGGUGUCCGAUCGCUUGGCUGCGAUAGAGCUAUCCGGAGCUAUACAGCCCCCUAUACAGCGCCGACCGGGUACAUCCAUCGAGAAUGCCCUGUUCAAUGGGAAAACUGUUUUAAAUAGGCGCCGUAGUUCACUGGGUGUGCGUGCUAUGACCAGCACUGUCAAGGAGCUUUCAGACGCAGAGAAGGUCGUUACCAGCGCACGUGCCUCUGAUGAUGUAGGUCUGAUCAUCACCGCUAUGGAAGAAAUAUAUAUAGAAAGUGGCGUAGGGAAAGAGGAAGAGAUCGAGCAGAUGAAAACCACUCACCUUCAAUUGUGUGCUGCGAUUAGUUCGUUGAAGGAUAAACUGCGGCAGAGCGGAGGCUCCAAAUUGGACAGUAUUGUUGAGCGUAAGAAGGCCCGAGGCACCAGAGACUUCGAGAUUCUGGUCAGCGAGAAGCACAAAUCCGUUCAAGCGCUCGAAUUAGAACUCAACAAAGCGCGAGAAAAGGUCAGUCAGCUACUGGACGAACGAGAGAGGCUAAAUGCGCAACUGCGUGAGGUGUUAAGGCAAGAGAACAACGAAAACAAGUCCACCACACUUCAGAAACAAGUGAAGCGACUGGAGGAGAAGUGUCGGACGGAGACCGAUAAAGUCAGCAAUAUGGAUGCCAAUCUUAAAGUGCUAGAGGCCCGAGCCAGCGUACUGCCGGAGGCCAUGGAGCAACUGCAGAGUCAACUACGCCAGUUAAAGGCCGAUAUAAAGGCACAGAGCGACGAACAUGCUCAGAUGGUCAAGCAGAAUCCCACAUUGACCAAAUUACAAUCAGAGGUCAACCAGUUACGACACAAACUCAAGGAGAGGCGCACGAGCGCUACGGUCGACAACAACAUGCUUCAAAAAUGGGAGUCUAGCUCUCUCCGAUUAUUAGCGCAUAGUGCGACAUCGCAGAAGCUCCCAUCGGCCAUUGUGCUAUUGUUCCUGUCACGAAACGGCGGAAAGAUGGCAUGGACAGAACUGCAGAGUGGUCUGCAAGCUCAACUGUCGGAAAUGUCCGAAAACGAAAUCAACACCACUCUAUUCAGGUUACAAGGCAAAGGACUUGUCAAUAUCGACCGUACGACGCAUCCUGCUGUUGUGCAUUUGCUUUAAUAAAAUCAUGUCUGUCAUUUGUGACUCAUUCAGGCAUCUUACUUUGCGUGGUGAUUGACUGGAGUUUUAUCCAUUCCCUACUGUCAUUUUAUUAACAAUAUAAUUACCUUGCGAUAAUUCUAUACCUUGUAAGCUGCACAUAUAUGUCAUCGAAAUUGAAAAGGAUCGCAAAUG